AUGGAGUCAUGUUAUGAAGCUGAAACUAUAUCUCCAGAAAGCCAUAUUUAUAAUAUAAAUCUGCCCAAUCAGAGCAUGCAGCAAUUAAAUAAAUCUCUUGAUCUCCAGGGCUCCAGUUUUAGUCAUGGUCCCAACUAUAAUGCAUUCAAGAGACUACAGAGUUGUCAAGGAGAUGCUGAUAUAAAGAUUAGUAACAAGGAAAAACUGCCUGCUUACACCUGCCAGACUCUUACUCACAACAGAGUAAAAGCCUAUGAAUGUAAAGAGUGUGGGAAGUAUUUUGGUUGUAGUUCAAAUCUUGUUCAACAUCAGACUAUUCACACUGGAGAGAAACCCUAUGAAUGUAAGGAAUGUGGAAAAGCCUUCAGACUCCACCAACAACUUACAAGACAUCAGAAGUCUCACAGUGGUGAGAGACCUUUUGAAUGUGAUGAGUGUGGAAAAGCUUUUCAUCUUCCCAACCUGCUUAAGUACCAUAAAACCAUUCAUACAGGUACGAAACCAUUUGAAUGUGAGGAAUGCGGGAAGUCCUUCAAUCGUGUCUCCACUCUUUUUCAACACAGAAUUAUUCAUGCUGGUGUGAAGCCAUAUGAAUGUAAAGAGUGUGGGAAAGCCUUUAAUCGUCGCUCAAACCUCAUGCAGCAUCAGAAAAUUCACUCUGGUGAGAGACCCUUUCAGUGUAAGGAGUGUGGAAAAGCCUUCACUGUCCUGGCACAGCUCACUCGGCACCAGAGUAUUCAUUCUGGAGAGAAAUCAUUUGCAUGCGAACAGUGUGGGUCUGCAUUCAGACUUCAGUACCAACUUACACAACAUCAGAGAAUUCAUACUGAUGUAAAGCCUUUUCAGUGCAAGGAAUGUGGAAAGGGCUUUAUUCGUGGUACAGGCCUUAGGAUUCAUGAGAGAAUCCACACUGGUGAGAAGCCCUUUCAAUGUAAGGAAUGUGGAGAAGCCUUUCAGUAUCAUUACCAAUUUCUUGGACAUUUUAAAAUUCAUACUGGCAAGAAUCCUUAUGAAUGUACACAAUGUGGGAAGUUCUUUACUCGUGGUGGAGACCUUAAAGUACAUCAGAGAAUUCACACUGGUGGGAAACCUUACUAGUGUUAAUGUGGGAAGCCCUUUGGUGACAAUCAAGCUUGGUUUGACAUGCUAAAAUUCAUAGUAGUAAGAAGCCUUAUGAUGUAAGGAAUGUGAAGGCCUUCGGCAAUUCUAAGAUAGCUGUAUAUUGUAUAUUGGAGAGUUCAUUAUGAUGACAAACCAUAUGAAUAUAAGAAAUUUCAGAAAAUAUUUAUAUUUAGUUCAGCUGUUACUACACCAUGGAGAAUUCAUACUGGUAUAAAACUCUUUGUCCCUGUAAAGAAUGUGGAAAAACCUUCAAUUUGAGCUUAGGCCUUCUUCAACAUAAAGAAUCCAUGCUGGUGUAAAAUCCUGUGAAUGCAAGAACUGUGGGAACAUUUAUAGAAUUAGCUCUUAAACCUCAUCAGAGAGCCCUUCUAGACCUGAAACCCUGUGAAUAUGAAGAAUGUGGGAAAGCCUUAUUGUGAAUGAUGAGCUUACACAGCAUCAUCAGUAGUCCUAUGCAUGUAAGGAAGGCGGACAAGUCUUUUAUAUGGAAAUUUUACUGAACAUCAGAGUACUCAUUGGCAAGACUGUGACUAAAAAGAAUGUGCCCUAAGAUUUGGUCAGCAUCAAAGUAUUCAUGUAUUUUUGAUGAGGAGAAAGCCUUAGAGAGUGAGAUUGUGGGAAGUCUGUUGUUCAGAGAUGAUACUCUUUUGGAUACCUUUGAAUGUCAGAAAUAUAGGGUAGCCAUCAUGUUCUUGAUGUACUCUUGUUUUUUAAAUAAAUUUAAUUUACCAAACACUAUACAACCAACAUAGGAAGAGCAGUUAUUGGAACUAGGGUUACCUGAGGCACCUUCCUUGUCCCAUGGCUCCUGUGGUUUAGGCACAAUCUUUACAUUCUGUCUAGUUGAUUAAUGGUGAGCACAGUACCAGACAAAAUUGUGGACGCAGGGUCCAACAGAUAUAAAAUCCUUGAAGAAAGCAUUUGGUUCAUGCCUGUAUUCUGUAAAGUGACUUUUAUGGUGUUCUUGCUUUUAUUGCCAUUCCUGUAACUGAUACAAGAGGCAAAUUGUAUUGCAGAUAGUUUAGAAAAGACUCACGCAUUCCUCCACUAUUCAAUUUUUAAAAGCUCCAUUCUGUAUAAAGUCUGGUGACUGAAAAUGUAUAUGAAAGGAUUUUUGUUGAGAAUCCAUUCCUUAGGUGUUUUUGUGAAGUUAAAAAACAAAGCUAUUGAUGAAUAAGUACUUUUUAAUGGAGUUUAAUACAUAAAAAUUUAAAAGCUAAAACCCUAUAAUUUGUACUCUCUGUCCACCAUUAAGACAAACUAUACAUUUGUGACAAGGCAUGAUAGUGCAGUCUCCUCUGUCACCUACUCUUGCUGAAGCCAUUUUGGGUAUGAAUAGAAUUUUACUUCUGAUGGAGAACCUUGUGGAAAAUUACUAAACUCUGUUCUUGGAACUAGAGGUCAAGAUUCCCCAGCUAAUUAGUCUGGCUUCUGUUAACCUGCCUGCAUAUACAAACCUCUCCUUGCAGCUAACUGCUUAUUUUGGCUUCUGUUAAACUGCCAGUUUAGGCAAAACCUUCCCUUACAUCUGCUGAGCAAGAUAACAGAAUGUGGGUUUUGCUUUUAAUAGUCUCUUGCUCUAAAUGCUUGGAGCUACACAGGUCCCCACUACCAGAGUGUAGUCCUUGCUGGUUGGAAUAAAGACUUUUAGUUGACUAUAAACCAUCUGAGUGAUCUUCUCUGGUGACCCAUAAAAGAUUAACCAAAAAUAGCCAACAUUGGCUGGAGGGAGGAUGGUGCAAGCCUUAAUCCCAGCAUUCAGGAG